UCAUUUGUGUUGGAUUGUGCUGAUUUCAAGCUCAGUUUCCCUUAUCCAUUCUGAGACACUACAUUUCGCCCAAACUCAAUCCAUGAAUCUCCAACUACAAUUGCAACAACCACCGACAACAUCAUCGUCCUUAUCAAUGACAACAUUUUCAACUGAAUUCUUGUCACACACUCUCAAUUUCAGAAACCAUCCAAACCGCACUUCUCGCCAUUCAAACCCCAACUUCGUCACUUCCUCAACCCCACUUCUAAACGAAGGCAACACUAAUGACCGAAGAACAAGAAUCAACCAAGAACGAUUCAGGGUCAAUGAAACAAGGCCCAAACUUGAUCAAAAUUAUGACUUUCGAGACACCAAUUUACUGAAAGCUCUCCGCAGGUCAUGCAAAUCAGGUAAGUACGAUGAGUCUCUCUACUUACUUGAGCAAAUGGUUAAUAGGGGUUAUAAUCCUGAUGUUGUUCUCUGCACAAAAUUGAUUAAGGGUUUUUUCAUUUCUAAGAAAAUCGAGAAAGCUAUUCAGGUUUUGGAGAUUUUGGAGAAGCACGGUGAGCCUGAUGUUUUUGCUUAUAAUGCUGUUACAAACGGUUUUUGUAAAUCUGAUAGAGUUGAUGCUGCCAAUAAGGUGCUUGAUAGAAUGAUAAAGAGAGGUUUGGCUCCUGAUGUUUUUACUUAUAAUACUGUUAUAAAUGGGUUUUGUAAAGCUGGUAGAGUUGAUGCUGCCAAUAAGGUGCUUGAUAGAAUGAUAAAGAGAGGUUUGGCUCCUGAUGUUUUUACUUAUACUAGUCUGUUGAAGAGUCUUUUGAAUGAAGGGAAAUGGGAAGCGGGGAAGAGUUUGAUGUCGGAUAUGUUGGAUAAAGGUUGUGAGCCGAGUUCUGUGACAUACAACACGUUGAUUGGCUCGCUUUGUCGUGCUGGUAAAAUUGGCGAGGCUGAGAAUGUAUUGAAGAAUAUGAACAAGAGAGGUUUGGCUCCUGAUGUUAUUACUUAUAAUAUUCUGUUGAAGAGUCUUUUGAAUGAAGGGAAAUGGGAAGCGGGGAAGAGUUUGAUGUCGGAUAUGUUGGAUAAAGGUUGUGAGCCGAGUUCUGUGACAUACAACACGUUGAUUGACUCGCUUUGUCGUGCUGGUAAAAUUGGCGAGGCUGAGAAUGUAUUGAAGAGUAUGAAGAAGAGAGGUUUGGCUCCUGAUGUUUUUACUUAUACUAUUCUGUUGAAGAGUCUUUUGAAUGAAGGGAAAUGGGAAGCGGGGAAGAGUUUGAUGUCGGAUAUGUUGGAUAAAGGUUGUGAGCCGAGUUCUGUGACAUACAACACGUUGAUUGGCUCGCUUUGUCGUGCUGGUAAAAUUGGCGAGGCUGAGAAUGUAUUGAAGAAUAUGAAGAAGAGAGGUUUGGCUCCUGAUGUUGUUACUUAUACUAUUCUUAUUGGGAAUCUUUGUGGGAGGAGUAUUGAUGAAGCUAUGAAGCUUUUUGAUGAGAUGUUGUCGAGAGGGCUUCGACCUGAUGCAUAUACUUGUACUAUUCUGUUGAAGAGUCUUUUGAAUGAAGGGAAAUGGGAAGCGGGAAAGAGUUUGAUGUCGGAUAUGUUGGAUAAAGGUUGUGAGCCGAGUUCUGUGACAUACAACAUGUUGAUUGGCUCGCUUUAUCGUGCUGGUAAAAUUGGCGAGGCUGAGAAUGUAUUGAAGAAUAUGAAGAAGAGAGGUUUGGCUCCUGAUGUUAUUACUUAUAAUAUUCUGUUGAAGAGUCUUUUGAAUGAAGGGAAAUGGGAAGGGGGGAAGAGUUUGAUGUCGGAUAUGUUGGAUAAAGGUUGUGAGCCGAGUUCUGUGACAUACAACACGUUGAUUGGCUCGCUUUGUCGUGCUGGUAAAAUUGGCGAGGCUGAGAAUGUAUUGAAGAAUAUGAAGAAGAGAGGUUUGGCUCCUGAUGUUAUUACUUAUAAUAUUCUGUUGAAGAGUCUUUUGAAUGAAGGGAAAUGGGAAGCGGGGAAGAGUUUGAUGUCGGAUAUGUUGGAUAAAGGUUGUGAGCCGAGUUCUGUGACAUACAACACGUUGAUUGGCUCGCUUUGUCGUGCUGGUAAAAUUGGCGAGGCUGAGAAUGUAUUGAAGAAUAUGAAGAAGAGAGGUUUGGCUCCUGAUGUUAUUACUUAUAAUAUUCUGUUGAAGAGUCUUUUGAAUGAAGGGAAAUGGGAAGCGGGGAAGAGUUUGAUAUCGGAUAUGUCGGAUAAAGGUUGUGAGCCGGAUUCUGUGACAUACAACACGUUGAUUUCUGCUUUUUGCAAAGAAGGAAAAGUAAAUUUGGCUAUAGAGUAUUUGGAUAGCAUGAUAUCAGAUGGUCGUUUGCCUGAUAUUGAUUGCUAUAACUUGAUCUUGGCUUCUCUGCGUAACAGUGGACAGGCUGGUGAGGCUUUGAACAUCUUUGAGAAGCUCGGUAAAGUGGGUUGUCCUCCAAAUGCAAUUUCGUAUCAUAUAUUGUUUGGUGCAUUGUGGUGCAGCGGCAAUAAAAUUAGAGCGUUACGGAUGAUUCUGGAGAUGUUAAGCAAAGGCAUUGAUCCUGAUGAGUUCACCUAUAAUUCACUUAUUUGUUGCUUGUGCAGAGAUGGAUUGGUGGAUCAGGCAAUUGAGUUGCUGGUUGACAUGAUGGAGAGUCACAAGUUUCAGCCUACUGUUAUUAGUUACAAUGCUGUUAUUCGUGGAUUGUGCAAGGUGCAAAGAGUCAUAGAUGCUAUUGAGGUGCUUGCUGCUAUGAAUCAGAGAGGAUGCUUGCCAAAUGAAACAACCUACUUAUUGUUGAUUAAAGGGAUUGGUUUUGGAGGAUGGCAAAAUGACGCAAUGGAGUUGGCUAACUCACUUGUUAAUAUGGAUGCUAUAUCAGAAACUUCAUUCAAACGUUUCAUGCGAUUGAUGCAUAAAAUUGAUUGAUUCAGGUCUUCUCAAUAAGAGUUUUUGUUCAAUUCAAUUAAUGAAUACCAACUUAUUUCUUGCUCCCAAUUUGUUUGUUGUUCAAAGGUUUUUGAAGUUUACACAAAUAUCAAAUGGAUGGUUUCUUCUGA